AUGGAGAUAGACGAAAGCAAGAGAGCAAGCAGUGAUUCAUUAACAAUAUAUGUAGGAGAUCUCUCGCCCAAGACCCUUGACUCGGAUCUUUUUAGGAUCUUCUCAAAUGUGGGAAAGGUUUUGAAUGUCAAGCUGAUUAAGAGGGGAGAGCCUGUUUCAUCCUUUGCAUUUGUGACAUUUGAAAACGAGGAGGAGGCAGAGAGGGCAAUCAGGGAGUAUAAGCACUAUGAACUGCAUAAUAGACAGAUAAGGGUAAUGAGGAAGGACGAAAGACCCCCGGAGACAGGGAACAUCUUUGUCAAGAAUCUUCCUGAGAACUUUACGAGCAAGGACCUUGAUGAUGCGUUUUCGAUGUUUGGAGAGAUUACCAGCUGCAAGGUUGCAACAACAUCGCAUGGAAAGUCGAAGGGAUAUGGGUUUGUUCAGUUUAAGGAGAAGAAGGCAGCGAAGAAGGUGAUCAAGAACUUCAACAACCUCAAUGGGCUUAUGCUUGGAGAAAACAAGAUUGUUGUGGAGCUGUAUAACCCGGAGAUGAAGAAGGGAGAGAACAAGAAGACACCGACGAUGUUUACAAACUGUUUUAUUAAGAAUUUUCCUGUUGAUGUUGAGGAAGAGAAUCUUCGAGAGCUUCUUGAGAAGUACGGGAAGGUGACGUCCUUGUUCUUCCCGACGAAGGAGGAUGGAAAACCAAAAGGAUUUGCAUUUGCUAAUUUUGAGAGCCAUGAGUGUGCUCUGAAUGCUAUCAAGAAUCUCCAUGAGACAUUUCCCUUCGGGGACGGCGAGAGUGGGGAGCCGUUCUACAUCCAGAAAGGGCAAAGAAAAGAAGAGAGGGCAGAGGAACUCCGAAAGACGUUUGAGCAGCUGAGCAUGCAGGGGCAGAGCUACAAGAAGAAUCUCUACAUAACAAACAUUCCCGAGGGCUUUGGGGCUGAGGAGCUUAAUAACAUAUUCAGAGAGUUUGGAAACAUCACAUCUAUGUCUGUGGGGACUGACGGAGCCAACAGCCAGAAGCAGUAUGCCUAUGUGUGCUACUCGACGCCGGAGGAGGCCAGCAUAGCUGUGGAAAGAGGGAAUGAGAUAUAUCUUGAUGGAAACAGGCUUCAGGUUGCAUACUUCAAGAAUAAGCUGGAAAGAAUGAAAGAGAAAGAAUUUGGAAGCAUUGGAUACAAGCCGAAUAUCCCAUACAUGUAUAACCAGGGGGUUAAUUUUGUACCCAAUGGAUUCAAGCGUGAAAGAAACCGAGGAGGAUCUGCAAAGGGAUACAGCAGCGAACUCGAAAAGCUACAUGGUCUUGUGCUUGCAGAAGCACCAUCUUUCAAGAGCCAAUGGAAGAGCUUCGGGGUGAACAACGAGGCCGAGUUUACCAGCAAGGUUACAAGGGCCUUUCGUAACAAAUCCGAAGAAGAAAUCAAGGAUAUGAUCGACCUGGACUUUGUGCUUGCAAAAAGCAUAGCAGCGGUUAUUGAGAACGACAACUCUAGCGACUAA